ACUGCCUUGCGUCCUCGGACAGUAGCAGGUAUGACAAAAAUUGCGAGACAUGGCGACAAGAUAAACAACAAGAUCAAAAGAUCGGUAAUGCGUCACAAGACGAAAGACAAGAAACAAGAUUCAAUAACAACAGAGAAUUAUGCCAACAACAACAUCAAAAUAGGGAAUCGGUUAAUGACGGGCUUACUAAGUCCAGCCAUACUGUCAAAACCACGGUAUUAAUUGGCGACUCUAUGAUAAAACAAAUUGAUUGUAAAAGAUUACAACGGGCAGUUAACGGGCGGCACUCUCGUGGAUCGAGAAUUAGGAACGAAACUUAUCGGGAAGCCAAAGUUGAUGCAAUGAAACACUAUUUAAAGCCGUGCUUGCAACAAAACCGGACAGAAUAA